AUGAAAACUGGCUACUAUGCGGUUGCUCGAGGUCGUUGCACUGGAGUCUAUAAGACUUGGUCAGAAUGUGAAAGGCAGGUGAAAGGAUAUCGAAAUGCUAGAUACAGAAAAUUCAUUAAACAAAGUGAUGCACUUGCUUUCAUUUUAAAGAAUAGCACAUCUAACCAUGCAGGAGAUGGAAAAAGUUCACAAUCUGAACUAUCUUCAACAGCAGAAUUGCAGAAAUUAUCAUCCUCAAAACCAUCAUUUUCCCAAAAAGAGAAUAUAUGGGAAGGAAUUCCCAUUGUAUACACAGAUGGUGCUUGUUCCUUUAAUGGUCAAGUUGGAGCUACUGCUGGAAUUGGAGUUUAUUGGGGCGAGCAGCACGUUGAUAACAUUUCCGAACCACUCCUUAGAGGACCACCGACCAAUAAUAGAGCUGAGCUUGAAGCGGUUAUAAGGGCUGUACAAAUGGCAAUUCAACGAAGGUAUCGCCAACUUAUUGUUCGUACAGAUUCCAACCUUCUGAUUCAAACAAUGAAUUCAUGGAUACAUGGCUGGCAAAAAAAUGGUUGGAAAACAUCAAAUGGUACAACUGUCAAAAAUCAAGAUCUCAUUAUUGAACUGAACGGCUUGCUUAAAAACAUAAAUGUACGUUUCGAGCAUGUUGCUGGACAUGUAGGAAUAUAUGGGAACGAGAAAGCAGACCAACUUGCCCGAGAAGGAGCACUUCAUUAUCAUCAAACCAAAUCCUAA